UAUUUUGGUCAUUCCAUACAAUUUCUCUACAAAUUUUCCAAACUGAAACCCAAAACCCAAAACCCAAAACCUCGCUUCUUACUCAGCCGCUAGACCGUCCGCCCAUCUUCAGCGCCGCCGCACGUUUCUGUCGACCGCCGCACCUCUGCUCGCACUGACCUAGACCACCGCUGUGACUUAGAUCAAUUCAGUUCUCCAUCUCCUCUUCGUUGUCGCGCCUCAGCUCGCCGCCAUUGUCGACCUCGCCUCACCUCGCCGCACCUUGCUGCCAUCGUCGCUGGGACUUUGUGCUAGGGACUUUGUGAUGCUAAUAUGUAUUUAGGGAUUUGGUUAUAAAAUGACGUAUCCUAGACGUAUCCAUAUACUAGUAUUUUCUAGUAGUCGAUGAAGUGCCUUAUCCUAUCGUAUCGGGAAUCUGUAUCUGUGUCCGUUCUUCCUAGGUUUUUGCACAAAGAUAUUGGAUUACUGAUUCGUAGAGAUAGCAAUGGAUAUUGAUGGGGAUUUUGAGGACACUUCUCGCCGAAUUCAAGUGCGGUUUAUCACCAAACUCAAGGCUCCUUUCAAAGUUCCAGCGAAUGCCAUUGCCAUUCCCUCUAACCUAACAAGACUGGGUCUUUCCACCGUUGUUAACAAUCUUCUUUCUGCUGGGAAUCCUGAGUGGGAAGAAGAACCAUUUGAUUUUCUAAUUGAUGGUGAGCUUGUCAGAAUGUCGCUGGAGAAGUUCCUUCUUGCCAAGGGCAUCUCAGCGGAAAAAACAUUGGAAAUUGAGUACUUUAAGGCGGUUGCCCCACGUAGGGAGGAAGAGCCUUCUGUUCAUGAUGAUUGGGUCAGUGCAGUUGAUGGGUCUUGUCCUGGGUUCAUUUUGACAGGUUGUUAUGAUGGCUUAGGAAGGGUGUGGGAGUCUGCGGGAUUGUGUACGCAUAUUCUUGAAGGUCACAGUGAUGCCAUAUCUUCUGUUUGUAUUGUGAACCCUGGAGAAGCAACUAAUGUCACUCUUGCCACUGCUUCAAAGGAUCGAACACUCAGGCUAUGGAAGUAUUCAAAAGACGAUCGAGUUAAAAACCCUACCAAAUUAAGGCCUUUCAAAAUAUUGAAAGGACAUAGAUUGUCUGUACAAAGUGUUGCAUCACAGAAAUCUGGACACCUGAUCUGCUCAGGUUCUUGGGAUCACACAAUCAAGUUAUGGCGAACGGAUGAGCAUCAGUCUGAAGGCGAUGUCUCCAUUAAGAAGAGAAAAAUGAAUAACAAGGCUGAAGAAUCUCAGUUAGAGGAGGACUCUGUUGCUACACUUGAUGGUCAUUCACAAUCUGUAUCGUCAGUUGCAUGGCCAAAGCAUGAAGAAAUUUAUUCAGUAUCGUGGGACCAUUCUGUUAGAAAAUGGGAUGUUGAGACGGGCAAUGUUUUGUUUAAUCAUGUAUGUGGUAAGGCACUCAACUGCCUCGACAUUGGAGGUGAAGGUUCCUCUCUCAUUGCUGCCGGUGGCUCGGACCCAACCAUUCGGAUAUGGGAUCCUCGUAAGCCAGGAACUUCAAGUCCUAUCUUUCAGUUCUCAUCUCAUACUUCCUGGGUUUCGGCUUGCAAGUGGCACGAAAAAUCUUGGUUCCAUUUGCUGUCUGCAUCAUAUGAUGGGAAAGUUAUGCUGUGGGAUCUAAGAACUGCGUGGCCUUUAGCUGUAAUCGACUCUCACAAAGAUAAGGUACUAUCUGCUGAUUGGUGGAAAGAUGACAGUGUUGUCAGUGGCGGGGCAGACUCUAAACUGCACAUUUCGUCGGGAAUUUAUGUUUCGUAAGUUAAAAGCUACAGCUAUGGUGAUUUUCGUGACUAUGAAAAGGCUCUUGGAUGCUUGCAACAGUCCCAAUCUUUGUUGCUUCUUAGUUUUGUACUUUCCAGUUAAUGAAAAGGCUCUUGGAUGCUUGCAACAGUCCCAAUCUUUGUUGCUUCUUAGUUUUGUACUUUCCAGUUAAUGAAAAGGCUCUUGGAUGCUUGCAACAGUCCCAAUCUUUGUUGCUUCUUAGUUUUGUACUUUCCAGUUAAUGAAAAGGCUCUUGGAUGCUUGCAACAGUCCCAAUCUUUGUUGCUUCUUAGUUUUGUACUUUCCAGUUAAUGAAAAGGCUCUUGGAUGCUUGCAACAGUCCCAA